UCUCUCCUAAAUUCUAAUAAUCUCUGUUAUAAGAUCACAUCACUAGUGUAUACGGGACAUCACUAGAGGUGGACACGGAUUGGUUGAUUAAAUAGUAUUGUAUAAUAAUGGCUGUCUGAGUAAUGAAUAAAGCAUCUGCAAUAUAUAAAUUAAACAAUCUAUUAUUAAAAGACUAAAAACAUAUCAAUAUCAGCCGUCAUAUUGAUCAAACUGUAACUAGGACGAGUAAACAAUUACAGACGGGUCAUUGUAAACCCGCGUGGUCUGUUACGUAAAACAAAAAAACAAUUGCAUCAUUUAACCAAAGUUUAAUGGUUAUUUACACAAUGCGUUAAUCUGUUCCACUAUUUAUAUUUACCAGGACGAAAUAUCUAAUUAAAUAAUACAUAUUAUUAUGUACAUAUAUACUUAUUUGCUCAUCGCAUUUAUAAAGGAACCUGUAUACAUAUAAAAAUGCAAGCUGAUUACCAAAAGAAAUUACCAAUACCUUAUUGGGAUACACUGCAUAUAAAUUAUCCAGUAAAGAAGUUUCCGAACACCGAGGAGUCCAGAGAAACUACAGCACACCAAUGGAAAGUACAGCCAGAAAUUUUAAAAUUUGGUCGGGAACCAAUCGAAGAAAUAAAAGAAUAUUUUCGUAACUACAAUAUCACUAAGGGGUAUACGAAAUCACAAACAUCUAAAGAUUAUCAACACAAAGAACCAGAAUCAGUCAGGUUCAACAAACACACGUCUUGCAUAGAGAAUGAAUAUAUUUAUCCACUAUCCAGAAAGAUCGAAGACAGACCACCAUUACGAUCAGCUCAUGCAACUACAGAAAUGAGAAGAUCAUAUACGCUGCCGAAAAUUGCACCAAGGCUGAUAACUGAUAAAGAUCAAUAUAAGCAUCCAGCUUGCAUGCCCGAAGCGUUAAUGCCAGAGCCCAGUUGGCAUAAAGAGUUAGAACCGUUGGACACAACACAUGAUGGUUACGAGAAAUACCUCGAUCCAUAUCUAACUACGAGCAGGUUGCAUCAUAGACCCUAUACUGCUGAUCAGCUUAGCAGACUGUCCGCCUCGAAAGACGUCGUGACUUAUUACACUCUAGGUGAUACUACUUGGACUAGAACUCCUAAACCUAAAAUCGAAGACUGGCGAUUACCACUUCGAAGACCAAAGUCCAUGUACGACAGAGAGAAAUUCAAAGAAGACUUCAGCGAAAUACGAACACACAAUCAACUAGAAUGGGUUCCAAGAACAUUCCGAACUGAAGUUCGUGACAACUAUGUCCCGCAGUCAUUGAACAUCGAAAACUUGGAUGAGCAAGUCCGAACUUACUAUAAAAGACGCAUUGCCAAAUUGCCAACCAGAGUACAACAUGAACAGACAACAAUACAAGAUGCGUACAAAACGGAAUAUACUCAAAUUGGAUCUGACAAACCUAUAUGUAGUAUCUUUGAUCCAUAUAUUGAGAGAAAUAAAAGGUUGCAAGCUAAAAUAGAUGUAAACGAAGUUGAAGUGCUUACUUAAAAGUUAAAGAAAUACUACUAUACACGUUUAAAUUUAAAUUAAAUGACAGAGAGACAGAGAGACAGAGAGAGACA